AUGACCAGUAAAAAGCUGCUGAAGCGAUUUUCCUCGAGCGUAUCAGGUAUUAAUAUUUCUCACUGAACGUCAUUGAAAAUAACAUCCUUCAGAUCUCCUGAAAAUUCAAAAGAAUGGAUUGGAAGAUGACGAAGAAUUGUUUGGUGUUUUAUAGUCAUGUUCGAAAAAUAUAUAGUUUUCAGUUAUACUCCACUGCAAUUUGCUAUCAAGAUCGGAAACUCUAUCAUGGUUAAAAAUUUUGUAGAUUCAAAAUCCGUUUGGAUUGAUGAACCAAAUAACAAAGGUAACACAAAAAGGAAAAAAUUUAGACAUUCAUUUUACUUAAACUCAGGAAGAACAGCUCUGCAUUCGUGUAUUGUUCAUGGAAACAUAGAACUCGCUUCGGUUCUGCUGGCAGGAGGAGCAAAUGUAGACUGCGUCGACUUUGACGGAAUCUCACCAUGUCACCUUGCAUGCAAAAAUGGGAUGAUUGAUCAUGUACCUGUUAUGUUCAAUUUUCAAUUCAUCAGUUAUUUUAUUUAGUUCAACCUUUUAUUAUACUACCAUGCAGAUAUUUGCUCAGUCAACAGGACGGGAAGAACGCCAUUUGAUCUUGCAUGCGAGUACGGACAAGAGAAAGUUAAAAGCUGGUUGAAGUUAUUUAUUAAAACUUUUAUUUCAGAUGUUAGAAGUCAUAUUGAAUUGCGGAAUAAAAACGGAAAAGUUUCAAAGUUCAGAUGAAAAUCACACUGCAUCUGCAUUUCAUUUAGCUGCAGCAAAUGGGCAUGUUCAAGUAAUUCACUUUAUUUCGGAGAAGUACUGUUUACUUUCUUCCUAGGUUAUGACGGUUCUACUUCACCACAGCUGGGACAUAAACACAAAAACAAACGAAGGGUCUGCACUACACUUAGCUGCAGGUUUUGGACGAGUUCAAUCUGUUAGGUUCCUGUUGAAAGUAAAUUUGGACACUAAGUAAAUGUGAAUAAUGCAAUUUUUCAUAGUCGAGGAUUGAUGGAAGCAUAAAAAAUGCAAACGGUAUGACGGCUUAUGAGUGGGCAAAGAAAACGAACUGUCGCAAUCCGAUUACUUUUAAAGAAAUUCAUUUUUUAUUAAAAAGUAAGUCUGAAUUAUCUUUUCAGAACUACUAGAAAAUUUUUAUUGUAGAUAUCUCACUCUUCGUGUUUCUGAUUUAUGUGAGAGCCCAUUUGAUCGAGUUUAAGUACAUAUAGGUCUAUGUGUUCUACAUGUACCAAAAAUAUGUACCGAAAGUCUAUCAAAUGGGUUCUCCAAGAAGCAAAUGCUUCUACUCAGAAAAAUUACAGCAACAUUAGAAAUCUAUGAAAGUAGCAAAAAUGAUCUUAAAUGCAAGAAUGAAUUUUUUUUUGUGAUUUUCCAACGUUUGUUCAACAGCAGAAGUUUUUAUUCAAACAUGAGUGCGCAAUUCAUUAUGACCUUGAAUACGUACGCGAACGCUUGCGUCGCAGUUUGCAUUCUUACCGACGGAGUAAGUCCUUGUUCUGUUCGCACAUUUUUCAGUGGCAACCUCUUUUUGCGCUUUUACGAUACAAAAAUUACUAUAAGAAAUGCACAGUGUUUCUUUUCAAAACCAGAUUUAGAACGGCCAUUCAAACACAAUCAUCAUCAUUUUUUCUGUGUUUGAGAUUAUUCCGUUUUUCAUCUAUUGCUCGCAUUGAGAACAAACAAUAAGACUUUCGCGCGAUUAGAUUGUUCCGAGCAGAAACAAAAAAUAUUGAUUUUUUUAAACAACUAUGAACGUAUUUCAGAUUUUCACACAUUCACGGAUGCCAUAGCAUUGAAGAAUCAUUGCGGAGUAAAAGCAGACGAGCUGUGUUUUUCAAAAGGAGAUAAAGUUUGGGUAAGUUUCAAUUAUGAAUGAAUUUGAGAAUCACGUUACUUGAAUGUAGAUUAUUAAUCGCUCUGAUCAAAACUUAUGGAAAGGAAUUGUGUUUGGCCAAAAAGGAAACUCUCGAAGUGGUUAUUUUGAUCCAAGCACUGUAGUAGAAGAAUCCGAAGCAGUACUACAAAGUAAGUUCUCGUAAUAUUUUAAAUUCAUAUUAAAAUUUUAACUCAUUUAUUGCAGUUCUACCGCCAAAAGUUAUGCGAUCGAGAACGGAUUCAUCAGAAAUGAAAUCAUUCGCAUUUUGCGGAACGACUCCUUUGGGAUUAGAUCAGAAUGGUAUGCUCAGUUUAAUUAAUAGGAAUCAUGUAAAUCUGCAGGUGUGAACAGAAUUCACAUGACUUCAUUUGGAAAGCCAUCAAUGCCUAACAGGAAACUUCUCAACUUUCGGUAAUGUCCUUUUUCUUUUUUUUCUCACUGGAAUGGUAACAACGACACAAAAGGAAAAAAUUACUUGCGUAACAAGACUUCAUCUGAUUAAUUGUUUUCAGAAGUACGUCAACAAAAUCAUCAUCCGGUGCAAUUGGUUCAGACGCUCAUGAACUUUUUUACAGACAGCAAUCAACAAGUAUGUUUUUUUAAAUGUUUUACUUUUUGCACUUACCGUACUAUGGGAAUCCAGGGCAGAACCAAAUGGUACCAAUUUCAAAAAUUUUACAAUGGUAUGGGUACGCUGAAUUUUUUGUGACCAGUCUAGUUUAGUUAUUCACCAGUCUCUCAGAUUUUUUCUUUGAAUUGUAAUCUGUACAUUGCAUCACAAAUAAAAUAGGAUUUUUCAUUUUUUGAGGAAAAAUACAUCUGCAAACGAUGAAUUCGAAAAUAACAUUUCUGAGCUUCACGGAAGUGCCAGUCUUUUCCAUUCACACAAACUUUUCGGCAUUCAAAAGUGUUUCGUAGUUUUGGAUGGACAGAUUCUGUAGUAUUCUUUGUUCAGUAUUAAAAUUCAACAAGAAAGAUUUGAAACCCUUGAUGCAAAGUCAUUUGAUAUAGUCACAUACGUGUACUUGCUUUUUUGUUUGAAUAGUGGACCAAUUUCUGAAUUCAUUUCUUUGGUUUUCUGUUACGCAAAUGUAAUUCAAAUGUAAAUUUCAUUUUGCCUACUUUUCUAAAGUUUCUUAGUUUCUAAGGGAACUCAUGGGCUCAUUCAGUCGGAGAAAAUAUAGUUUUUUUUCUUUCUUUUUGGUCUUACCUGUUUUGAAUCGGGUUUCACAGAAAUGACGGGUUUCUUUCUUGGCUUUAUGAGCCCAUCAAUUACAGCAAUAAAAAUAACAAAAAAAAUUCAGCCCCAUUUAACAUGUAUGCCUCGACAACAUCUCUUCACCCAUCUAAAGUUGAUAUGUUCUCUCCUCCAUGUACCAGUCCCAGUCACAGUAGUUCUGGAUUCGAAAGCAUGAAAGUAGGUGUCACACAGCAUUGAAGAAUGGAAAACAAUAAUUUUAGUGCUCAACUUCCACAUCUGCAUCAUCAUUUCCUUCGGCCGUCCAGACGAAUGAGUAUGAACCAACUCUAAGCAUUCAUUCUGCCGAAAGCUGUAGUGGGUCUUCAUUGUCAAUUCACGGCUCAGAAGACUAUGGGAGUCAAAAACCAGCAGAACUAGAUGUGACAAGUUUGUCAUUAAACGGAAUUUCUCAUGCCGAAAUUCUUGUGAGAUGGCUGAAUAGCUUGAACAUGAGCGGCUUUCUUACCUUGUUUUUGAAGCAAGGGUAUGAUCUUCAGACAAUCGGUACAGUAAUUCUAUAUUAAGAGGCAAUGUCUGAGAACCUCGAAAUUCGCUAAUUACACCAGGUCACUAAAAAUUCAGAAUGCUUCAAUUCGUCUCAUAUUAUACCCAAUGGGUACUUACAUAACAGUGAUACAUCAGACAAGUUUUGGUCCGGCUCCUUGGUCCCUAGUUCGAUCACGGUCACAAAAUAGGUCAAACCUGUAACUAAUUUCAAAAAAAUGCUACCGUCUCAGACUCAAAGCCAUUCGAUUUCUCGCAUUUUUUUAAGCAUUUUUCAUGUUGGCACCAAAAAUUUAUCACCUUUCCUUCAUGGAGAAAUUUCGGAUUUUUCGUGAAAAAGUUGAGUUGUUCUGCAGUUUUCCUCCGUGGUGAAAAUUUUUUGCACUUCAUAGCCACGAUUUUAUUUCAAAUUCAUAAUCUACGGACAAUUUUACGUCGAUAUACCAUACUGUCGCACAUUUGCCGAUUGACAUCAAAGGAGUUUUUUUCAAAAGUUUGAUUCGGUCUCAAAAAAAAGUUUCUGUUCUGUUUUUGGAAAACGUACAGAAACAAGGGAAUUCCUGUUUAUAGACGUUUUUCAUGCUAAAAACUGUAAUUCUGUUAUGUAUUCGUCAGAUACAGCUUUGUAAACGUAGCGAUUAAAACAUGUUGAAAUUUUUUGUCAGCCGGAUAGAUUUUUCGAGAUGUGUUCGCUUUGACCCAAUAUUUUAUGCUUUCUCUCGUUUUUAUUUUUCAAUGUUCAUCUAACUUUUUGUGAAGCAUUUAUUUGGUCGUUCUCCGAUUGAUUCAAGAACGGUAAACAAGAAGUACAUAUUAUAGGGGCACCGCACAGAAAUGGCGCUCUGUUGAGAAACUCUUUUUGCAGUGCAAAUUGAGCGACCUCGGGGCCGAGUUUGAAAAGUUAGGCCACAUUUUCAGUGGAAAAUUACUUCGCGGCCUAGAAAUUCGGCCAGAUUGCGAACAGCGCGCCUUUUCUGUCCGGUGCCCCUAUAAUACACAUGGGGCAACACUCAACAACAAAAGUACAUCAAAUAGGUAUAAAAGCACAAAGCAAAUUUUGUGUAGCUAUUCUUCUUCCUAUUUUCAAACUGCUGAUAUUAUUAGAUGGCCAAUAUUACAGAUUAUAAUGAAACUCAUUGUUUUCCUGAUUGUACAGUUGCUCUUGCAAUGGUCAAUUUGUUCCGUCAAAUAAUUUGAAGUCAUUGACUGGAACAUACGAGUUCGAACAUGCCGGAUAAACUUCAACUGUGAUUGGGUCUAUUAAUGAAUAACGAAAUGCUGUACUGUCGCAGAAGCAGACCAAGUUUUGGUACUUUUCGGAUUGUACUAAGUCAACUGAUUCUCAAAACACUGCUUGCAUUGAAGAAGAAGAUGCAAAUGAAGUGGAAAGCGAUGAAGUGAGACCGCGGUACGAAGACGCUUUGGGAAAGAUAUUUACAUGCCCAGAGGAAGGAUGCUCAGCUGCAUUUUUGAGAUAUUCAAGCGUGGUCAAGCAUGUUGAACGUGGACAACAUAUAAUUCGACCUGAACGGCAGACACUUCGUGAUUUUUCAUUGAAAUAUUUUAUUCGUGGUUUCGAAGAAGUGGAUGAGUCAAAAAAUUGCCAAAUAAUUUCGGAUGCUGUGAAAAAACUGAAGGAGACGAACGAGAAGACGUAAUUGGAGGACGGAUGGGCACUCCAAGUAAGACAAAAAAGAAAACCGUUCGAGGAUGACGUCAAAAAAAUUUUUAAUCGAGCGUUUUGACGGAGGCUUGGAAGAAAAAUGUCAACAUGCGGAUCCGAGAAUUGUUGAAAAGAGAAUGGCAGAAGCUAGAAAUCCAGACGGUUCUAAGCGGUUUUCAGUGGAUCAAAGGAAAGACUUCUGUCAGAUUGCCGGUUUCUUCUCUCGUGAAGCAGCGAAAAGGCAAUCAAAAGCAGCACGAUCGCGACGCGCUCAAGAAAUGAAGGAUGAAUCGUGGAAGGAAGACUAUACUAUUCCAGAGGAAGAGCAUGACGAUGCUGGAGUGAUCCGAUAUUUGAAACUUGAGAGCACUUGGACUAUCGGUGAUUCUUUUUAUUACGCACUGAUGGAAUCCAGUGAUCCAAUUUUUGCUAUGGAAGAAACUGAAAUGUGAAGAAAAGACGCUUUAUAACUUUCUUGUUUUAGGUUUUUCUCAUGUACUUUGUUGUUGAGUGUUGCCCCUUGUGUAUGUACUUCUUACCGUUCUUGAAUCAAUCGGAGAACGACCAAAUAUAUGCUUCACAAAAAGUUAGAUGAACAUUGAAAUAAAAACGAGAGAAAGCAAAAAAUAUUGGGUAAAAGCGAACACAUCUCGAAAAAUCUAUCCGACUGACAAAAAAUUUCAACAUGUUUUAAUCGCUACGUUUACAAAGCUGUAUCUGACGAAUACAUAACAGAAUUACAGUUUUUAGCAUGAAAAACGUCUAUAAACAGGAAUUCCCUUGUUUCUGUACGUUUUCCAAAAACAGAACAGAAACUUUUUUUUGAGACCGAAUCAAACUUUUGAAAAAAACUCCUUUGAUGUCAAUCGGCAAAUGUGCGACAGUAUGGUAUACCGACGUAAAAUUGUCCGUAGAUUAUGAAUUUGAAUUAAAAUCGUGGCUAUGAAGUGCAAAAAAUUUUCACCACGGAGGAAAACUGCACAACAACUCAACUUUUUCACGAAAAAUCCGAAAUUUCUCCAUGAAGGAAAGGUGAUAAAUUUUUGGUGCCAACAUGAAAAAUGCUUAAAAAGAUGCAAAAAAUCGAAUGGCCUUGAGUCUGAGACGCUAGCAUUUUUUUGAAAUUAGUUACAGGUUUGACCUAUUUUGUGACCGUGAUCGGACUAGGGACCAAGGAGCCGGAUCAAAACUUGUCUGAUGUAUCACUGUUAUGUAAGUACCCAUUGGGUAUAAUAUUAGACAAAUUGAAGCAUUCUGAAUUUUUAGUGACCUGCAGUUUUUGAACUUCUCAGACAUUGCCUCUUAAUUCAUUGCACAAAACUUUCAUUUUGCAGCUCGAUGCACUCCUGCAGAUUUGUUGAGUCUUGGUAUAAAAGAUCCAAACCACCGGAAAAAAUUGAUUAAUAGUAUUCAUAGCUGGAAAAUAAAUAACGACUGGCCACAUUUCAUACAGAAUAAUUGUUUGCGGUAAGCAAAUGAGAAAAAUAAGUCAAGUCGCUCAUUUUUCAGAGAAUGGCUGAGGGUAAUAGGAUUAGCCGAGUACAUUUCUCUUUUCGAAAGACAAAAGUAUUACAAUGUCAGUGACCUUUUGAGCUUGAACUGGGAAGAUUUUGAAAAUAUUGGAAUAAAACGGCUUGGACAUUUAAAACGUUUAGGAUUGGCUAUCAAAAAACUGAAAGUAGGUCGUAUAAUCAGUAAGCAUAAUCGGUUUCUGUUUUAGGAAUUUCAAAGAAAUUGUAAUUCGAAUGUCAUGAACUCUCCACAAAACAACCUGUACUAUGUUCAGGCUGACUAUUAUCAUGCCCCCAGAUCAAAAGAUAGAGCUCAUCAAUUCAAUGAUCCGCCACCACCAGCACCUGUUUUUUCAAACCAACCUAAACUUAGACAUUGCAAGGAAAUUGACUACUUCAGUUACCAAAACAAUUACAAAAACAUUCCCAAAGUUGCUCCGGAAAAACAAACCUCACCGGCAUCUGAAAAGAUGAACUUCGAUCCGUUUUUGUCAAGAGAUACUCCAAUCCGAUUGAAUUUGGUGUCAACAGGGAAGUUACUAAACGGGAUAAGUAAACUGGAGCAAAAUAUUGACUCUACUCUGACCCAAAAAGGUUUGGUUCAAAUUUUGAAACAUACUUUACCAAUAAGACAUUUUUUAAGUGACGUCUCCGGUUCAACACAAUCACCGUACGUCGUAUUCUUGCAGCAAGCAGACAACUUCUUUUCACGUUCCUACGUCGUUGCCACCAUUACUAUUAGAAGAUCAUCCCAGGUUAUAAUAGUUUGUUAAAACAUUUGUACUAUUUCAAUAAUUACAGUGAUCACUCAUCAACAUCCAGCCUUACGAAACUAUCAAUGGACGAACUCUUAGAGGAUAUUCAAAGCGCCAUGAGAGCUCUGACACCUCUAUAA